AAAGAUAGAUAUUCAACCAACAGCAACAAUUCUUGAAAAAUCUAGAAAUAAUAUAGUACUUUUUAAGGAAACAAUGAAAUUAGAAAUUAUAAAAAAUUUGUACACCAAACCACAUGAAGAAGUAAACAGGUUUCACGAUGAACAAAAAUCUUUAACUCUUAAAAUAGACAAACACAUAGCCGAAUAUAUUG